ACAACCGCCCUCCACGUCCGAAGCGCGUCGCAGGAAUGCAUUUGUGUGGAAGAGAAAGUGGUACAGGAUGGAUACCAAUUUGAAGUUCAUGUCAACGAAGCCAUAGGGUGCGGUUCUCUUUCUGCAUGCGAGGACCACGGAUUAUUAAAAUCUUCCAGAAACUGCCCAAAGUAUAUUCGUCUCCAAGAGCUCGUGCCAUACCAAGGUUCACCAAGAAUGAUUAUGGCAAGCGCCAUCCUCCGGACGACGAAGAGCUUCUCGAUUCCAUCAUCUCCUACGUACAAUCCUGCAACAGAACCUUCUUUGGCACUACAUAUGCCAGACUGAAGAUGAUGCGAGCCGGUUUCCCUCUCACCUUGGUAUGAACAUCCGUGGUGGAAGUCCUGGGUUCAUUCACAUCCCCCCCUGUGGACAAACAUACCCUCGUUCUUCCCGAAACGGUAUCAUGACCUCUCGGGAACGUCGUGGCCACAGC